AUUGUUUUACCUGCUGGUGCUGUUAACAGAUGGUACGGCGGUUGCUGAUGACCGGGGCUGAUGUGACCCUGUGUAACUGCAGCCAGCAGACUGCGCUCCACAUAGCCCCUCCUGAGCUGCAGGGAAAAGUGUUGGGCUGGAUGUCGAGGCCUCAUCUGUCUCCCCAGGCACACCUGCUGCAGGCUGCCUGGCAGGGCGACCUGCACUCCUUACAGCACCUGCUAGCUCAGACAGACAGGGUGGAUGUGAAUGUCCCUAACAGCGACGGCGUGACAGCUGUGAUGCUUGCUGUCAGGGACAUUGACCUAUUUGAGGGCAUAGCGACACGGUUGGCAUGGGAACACAGACCUGUGGAAGUGGUCAAGGAACUGUUGGCACUCUCAGCUGAUCUGCGGGUACAAGACCCCAGCGGCUGUUCAGCCCCCCACUACGCCGCUAACAUAAAAAGCCCACUGAAGGAGGAGAUCGUUCCUAUGAUGGUAGAGGCCCUGAGUGACACAGAUGCUGCCCCCUUGUCACUCCUAGCCCCUGAAAAAUACUUGUGCCAGGAUUUGGAUUUGGAGUUUGGGGAUUCAGACACAGAGUUGGACCUUGAGAGCCUUUAUCCUAAUCAGUCUGUAGCUGCCUCCCCAACGCAGACACCAACCCAUCAGCAGUGCUUUCUACUAUACAGCCACACAGGGGAAAUGUUAGAGUCUCCAGAGGACCCUCUUCUAUCUGACCGUCAUAAAGGGCUCAGCCAAGAUAAGGGGAUCCCCCUCUGUUUCCAAAACGCCAUGGAAACACUGAGAGACAUCAGGCAAGCCUACCAGGAUGCAGGGAGGGGAAGCAGAGGAGGUUUGUCUCUGCCCAGCCUGAGCGACAACAGCAGACGCUGGAGCCAUCUGGAUCCUGCUCCCUCAUCUGGUUUGCUGAGUACCAGGACCUCCUGCCUGCCAGUACCCCCUAGACACAGGCCGAGAACAAGAAGUGUGGUCGCAGCAUGCUUAUCCUCCCCAGGGCUGCUGUCCGUGGCUGAGUCCAGCCAGCUCAGCCAGUCAGCCCCCAGCAUCAUGGAACCACUACUGUGUUCAAACACUGUGAUGCAGGCCAGAGCACACAUCCAGACCCGACUGGGUUCUCAAGAUACAGUGAAUGAACAAAAGGGUCUCUUGCCAGCUCCGCAUCCCAGAACACCCAAGCUGUUGGCGCCACUAGACAGCAGGCCCAGGGACACUGCGGCUCUGCCAGCACUAAAGCACCACGUUCCCCUGAAGCCCAUCAGCCAGAGCCCCCUUUGCUCCAGGACCCGGCUGAGGAGAGAGAGGCUGUCCUGGGGCAGCCCACGCACUGGCCCUGUGACCACUAAAGGUGGUAGCGAGGAGAGCGGGUCCAGCAGUAGCAGCAGCCAGAGUUCCAUCAAUCUAGAGGAUGAGGAAGAUGAGAGGGAUACACAUGAGGGAACUUCAGCAGAGAGCCAUCUGAAGUUUGUUGGAGACAGGUUGUUGCAGCAUUCGAACACUAAGGCUGAUUUGGUCGGGGAGAUGAGGCUGCAUUUUAAAGUUCAGUCAAGGGUCGGCCAUAUCCCACCGAUCCACAGAGCAGCACAUAACCUGGAUGGAGAGCCUAUCAUUAAAACAAGUGAUCUUCCCAGCACUGAAAAAGCUAUAAACUCUCAUUGUGAAGGCAAAGCCACCAAUAUGAAUUAUACAAACGAGCCUGUUGAGAGUCAGUCUUUUAUAAAAUAUAACUAUGCACAGCAAGGAGACUCUGUAAAUCAUACUAAAGACACUGUGAACGAUGAAAUACCUAUCACAUCAAAGUCUAAGGAGGAAAAGAACAAUGUGGUCUACACCACAGAACAUGAGACUGAGAUUAGCCACGAGAUAAAAUUUAAUAUGACAAACGACCAGAGUGAUGCUAUCACACGCUCUGAAGGGAAUUACAGAAGUGACUUGCAGCAAAUGAAACAGACAGAAAGAACAACGAAGGAUUCCUGUUAUGAAGAACCCCGAGUAGAUAACCAUAUAACUCAGGAGGAGAGGACUCAAUUAUUCACUCCAGAUGUAAAGCUUCCACAGACAGACAUAGAUCUCAAGAGACAUGAGAGGACGUUGAAAACCUUAAAGCCUGCCUGGAACAAGGAGAGAAGAACCAUGAACUGUGAAACGAACCAGCAGUCCUUCAACAUCCUAGCACACAAAGACCGAAGCAUCCUGCAUAGGAAGUCCAAAACCAAUCUGAAGCACUCCUCACUGUCCACACAAGUUAAAGAUAAAACCAGGAAAAGCCCAGAGCUAAUAAAUAGUGGAGAGACUGUUACAAAAGUAAAAUCAAAGCUUAAAUCUGUUAAAGGUGCUCACCUUAAAACUGGCAUCCCCAUCGCCACGAAAGAAGGUUAUAGAUCAUGUACAGAGCAAAAGAGCAAAUCCUGACAAGUUAAACAGCAACAGAGCUCAACAG